AUGGCUACUCCACGUCGCGAAGAUAUUGGUCAUGGUUCCAUUUUUGCCCGAAAAUCAGCUAGUGUCAAUGUAAGUGAACCUAGGUCAGGACACGAGGGGCGCGGAAGCCUGAUCACCAAAACUGCGUUGACUUCUCGCCGCGGCGGACCAGUUGGAGGUUUUUCUGAUCCGCGCCGUCCAGCGGAUCGCCCUUUUGUCUCAAAGGUUCCCAGUCGACUUGCGAAGGAGGUACAGCGCUCUGCAGGUGCCGAGCAUAAUCCUGACCCACGGGAGGUCUCUCGGAAGCAGGUGGCUCCCGGUGCAGGCCGAAAUCCUCCGCCUAAUGCCGGCUUUGGUGCCUUACAGCGUCCUCGUACCGGCCUCGCUGCUAAAUCUCAACCGGUUCGUCUGUUUUUAUCCGAAUUUCCUGAGGAGUUCGUCGUUCAAAAUUCUCGGCAACGGGUCGAGCAAGACACCUUUGAGGGACAACCGGCACGCCGUAUAAUGCCAAGUAAGACCACGAUCUCGCAAUCGGCACGCAGAUGGCAUAGGUCUUUUCUUGUGCCACGGGGUGAUGGGGUGCCCCAGCCUGACAGAAGCGGUUUCAUUUUAGGGCCGAAUUUUGAACUACGCCCUUCUGACGAUGCAGGGGAAGAAGUGGAGGUUCAAGACAGGAAUAUACCGGAACAAGCCGCUAAAACAGUACACCGACGACAAGCCACGCCUAAUGAACAUCCCGCUGAAGGUUUAAGGAUGCAGAUGGCUACGAAACAGAGAACCAAUCCUGGCCUUCGGUCACGCGCUGUCAGGGAAUCUUCAGAGUUGGAGACUGACGACGAUGAGACUGAACAACUGACGAGUGGCAUGUAUGAUCUAACCUUCCGUGCGGAGCGAUUGAGGAGCUAUGGCCGGAUACCCUUCCUUAUACGCAAUUUGCGCAAGGCGUUCCAACGGGAAUGCGAGUUGGCUGGUGUACCGGCGGAGCCCCCCGAGCCGCCUGAAGGACCCGUCUCUGUGAUCUAUCGAUAUGCUGCUCUCAACUCCGACGACGAUACUGCUUCUGACUCUGAAGGGAGCGACUCAAGUGAGCGCGAAUAUAAACAACGUGAAGGCAUUAUGUACGAGUGGAAGUGCCCGUUGUGCCGGUAUCACGGUAAUUUCGCGCGUCGAGAGGUGCUCGAAUUUCAUAUGAAACGUGAUCAUAGUGAAUGCACGAUUACGUGGGAGAAAAGGCAAUCUCUACGGGUCGAGCGAUGGCAGCUCACCGUUGUUGUUCCUGAAAAAAUAACGGAUAGUAGUGAAUCAGCGACGGCAACCGAUGACGAAGAUGCAGACAAAGACGGGGACGACGGUAUAGUUGGGUUGUUAGAGCCGUUCAACAUACCUAGCGAAGAUAAACUUACUAUAUUAGAGACCCAAUCGUCAAGGGACUCUGAAGUUGCACAACAGCAAGAUUCUGUGCUCGACGAAGAACCCGAAAUUAUUAUCCUUGAUCCUCCCCCUGCCAAUACCUCUUCAUCAGAUCUUAUACCAAAGAAAUUCCGUGCAUAUUCCCCAACUCCUUCCGCGACCACACAUAGCUAUUCACACACGCGCUCAUCUACAACACAAACGCAGAGACAGACUACGUCGUCAAGCCUGAGAGGAUCGCUUCCGGGACGUUACCCUACGCCACCGCCCCAGUCAAAUUCACUUGGUCCAGCUGCGCAAUAUCCCUUCCUUCCAGAACCAAUCGGAGACGAAGAUAUGCAACAUAUGCCACAUUCAUGCCGCAUUGGUGGACCAAAGAUUUAUGACCUAUUGAAUACACUACCACUGGAGCCGUUCGGGGUGCUAUCGUGGGCCAUUGUAGACAGAGAAGAAGAGCUUUUCGAAACAGAUGAGAUACCAGAUGGGCAAAAAGUAGUGCUGGCACUUUGGAAUCGUUGGAUUAUGCUAAAUCGGGGUAAAUUUAUCUUGGAUGAUUACUGCAAAGGGGUUAUUGAAUUUGUAGACCAAUACUGGCUCAUGAUUCAUCGUGCAGCAGGCUGGGCGGCACUACGAACAUUCCUUGUGGUGUUGGCCACAAACAAGUAUCUAAAGCCAGCGGAAGUUGUGAAGGUGCUCAAGCACUAUGAAUCACACACCGGAAUGGAGUUCUGGUAUAAAGAUGACAAAGAGGGAUCUCUCUCAUAUCUCUCGAACCGGGUCUCCUACCUUAUGAGAGAAACAUUUGUCGAAUUCGGUAGCCUUACAGUGAAGUUCUGUUCGCCCACUCAUCAGAGGUGUGCACUCAUCCUCAUCUCAAUUACACCUUUUUACGACCUGCAGCCAUACUACAUCAGUAGGAAAUUAGAGUAG